AUAUCGAGAUGCUUGUACAGGGCUUCUUGACGGUAGGCCGCUUCAUCACCACAUAUGCAGACAAGGCCUACCAAGACUUUUAAGUUUUCAAUUAUGUUUAAUAACAAUUAAAAAAGUGAUAAGAUAUUAAUUUUACUAAUAAGGCAUUUGAAAAUGUCGGAGAAGGAACGUGAAAAAGAGUUAGAAGCGGCUGGGGUUAUCGAAGGCCCACUGGAGGCGGAAUGUGUUGAGUUCGAUCUUUCGGGUGCACCCGACGGCGGAUUCGGAUGGGUCGUUGUUUUUGUAGCCUUUUGCGUGCAGUUUAUCGUGCUAGGUGUUAUGAACAAUUUUGGUGUUAUUUUCUCAGAGCUGCUUGUGGAGUUCAAGCGAAGCAAAUCCCAAACAGCAUGGGUUGGCAGUAUUACAUAUGGGUUGAUGUUCCUCACUGGGCCCAUUUCUACUUCUCUCUGUGAGAGACUUGGCUGCAGACCUGUUGCUGUACUAGGAGGAUUAAUAGCUGCUCUUGGCACCAUGUUAGCAUCAUUUUCAACAGACAUUUAUAAAAUGUACUUGACUUAUGGUUUUCUGUUUGGAGUUGGUGCAAGUAUGUGUUAUUUUCCAUCAGUCAUUAUUCUUCCACAAUAUUUUCACCGGCAUUUGUCCCUCACCAAUGGACUGGUCUCUUGUGGCAGUGGUGUUGGGACAAUGGUAAUGGGACCUGUCAUGCAAGUCUUAAUUGAAAAAAUAGGAUGGGUGAACACCAUUCGUUGUUGCAGUGGACUGAUGAUUCUUGUUACUAUGGUCAGUUUGGUUUACCGUCCAAGAAUCCCACCAAUUCCUCCAGAGAUUGCAAAGACCAGACCACUCUUUGACUUGUCAGUGUUCAAAAACAAGGCAUACAUCCUGUUUGUUAUCGCACUCUCAUGCUUCAUGUUGGCAUACUUUGUUCCUUUUGUUCAUUUAGGCCAGAUGGCUAUUGAGUAUGGUGUUGACAGAAAGAAAGCCUCAUUGCUAGUUGGUUUCAUGUCAGUUUCGUCAACAUUUGGAAGACUUUUCUUUGGUAAAAUAUCUGAUCACCCAAGAGUUAACCGAUUGUACCUUUAUCAAGUUGCAAUGCUAGCAAUGGGUAUCUCGAAUACCCUUUGUCCUCUUAUGAAUGAUUAUGGUGGAUUGAUUGUAUAUUGUGCAGCAUUUGGAUUCUUUGAAGGCUGUUAUGUUUGUCAGUGUGCAGUUCUCACUGGUGAUAUUGUGGGGCGUGAAAAAAUGGCACCUGGUGUUGGAACAUUGUUUGGAAUCAAAUCAAUCCCUCUCACACUUGGACCUCCCAUUGCAGGUUUCCUAUAUGAUAUAUCAGAUUCAUAUCAAGUGGCUUUUUAUGUUGCUGGGGCUGUUCCUACACUUGCUGCAUGUCUCAUGUUUGCAAUUCCAUUCCUAAUGCCGCCACCUGAUCACAAAUAUUGGAAAAGACAAGACACCAUAACAAGACGUGAACAAAGUGAAAAGAAAUUGUUACCAUCAAGCUCAUCCUCGGAGUCGUCAAUGGCCAAAAAGCAAAGUAGGCCACCUGUUACAAGAAAUAUUCCACGUAUUGCACAAAGUCAGUCAGUCAAUUCCCUGCAUAGGUUCUUUGAUAUGCCUAAAAGAAUUUCCAUGGCAGAAAUUGGCAGUGUGCGGUCUUUGGUCAUACCAAGAAGCAGCCUAAGCUCUCUAGCCUUGAACGUUCAAAGUGAUAGAGCUUCAGUUGUAUAACUGAAGUCAUGGAUUCAGAUUGCCCUGGAAAGUAUGCUUAAGGUAUAUGGAGCAACAUUGAUCUUUGCACACCAAAAAAUCCUUAAAAAUUUUAUGUCUGUACCUUAAGUAGCUUUGGAGAUGAUUUUACUACAUUUUAGAAUUAAGAAGUCGAGUGACGUCCACUCUGAUUAUGAUUUGUGCAUGGUUUUAAAUCAUGGCAAUCUUAAACAAUUUCCAUGUGUUAAAAUAUCUUUCUUGUUUUUGUUGUUGCUUUGUGUCAUAUGUAUUGUCUGACAUUUUUUUGUUCAGUCACAUCUAUUUGUACUCUUCAUUCUAGUAGCUUCUUUUGUAAAUUAUGGUCCGUAGUGGUUAUCAUGUUUUUGUGUAAAUUGUGCCAGUGUUCAUGUUUAAUGAAGAUCAAUAUAAAUAUAAAUAAGUACUUGCUUUGUCUUUUUCAAUGUGUUUAAGGUUAACAGUCAUUUAUAAGAUAAAUACUCUGGUCUUUAGCUUUGAAUUGCACUUAAGAAUAACCAAGAUAGAGAUUGUUUUCUCUAUAAAGCAUUUAGGAAUGUUUUGUUUAUUGACUUCCAAAUGCUUUGUUCUUUCAACCCCAUUUCUGUUUGUCUCCCACUUUCCAUUUGUUUUGUACAGAAUUUGGUUUUGAUUUGUAUAGGAUUAGCUUUAUUUUCAAUAUUUCAUUCUUUUUAAUUACAGUAAUCAGCUAUUUUAAGAGAUCAUCAAAGCUGAUACUUUAGAUUCCUAAUUUUAUAUAUAUAUACAUUCUAUCUUUGGUGUAUACAUAUUUUCCCAUCCUGUAAAUUUCCAUCUAGAAUUGUUUUUCCCAUUUGCAAAGAAGCUCUUUAACACACGACAUGCAACCCAAUGAAUGUCAUAGCACUUCGUGAGAAGGGAAAUUUCUGUCCAUAGUCCACUGUUAAGCUGAAAGUUUAUUAUUUAAUUCAUAUGAUUUUGGUAUUCAUUUCAAAAAAAUGUCUCUUUCCUACUUUUUGAUGACUAAGUAUAUUCUGGUACAUAAUCCGGGCUACCUAUUUAUAGGAUUUGCCCUUUCAAAGGCUGAAUUCAGAUCUGUUUAAUUAGGCCUUUGUAAGGGCUUAUUUUACAGUCACUGAAUUAAGAGGUAACCACUCAUUGAACUUGGCUUAAGGAAAUUUGACCCACAAAAUCUAUGCCAAUUUACAGAUCUGUACUCAAAUGGCCAAAGUUUUUCCUUUGAAUGAAUUUUUGAAAUGAAAUGUGGUAUAAAAACAGAAGAAAAAAUUCUCGCUUCCAUUCAAUGCUUAGUCUGUGACCUUGUGUAUCACUAAUGGCCGAAGGAACACAAAGGGUUAUGAAAUGUAACAUAGACCGCUUUCUUGGUCCUGCGUUGCUGGGAUUUUGUGUCUUAAAGUAAAGUAAAUGGAUAUGAAUGCGAAUAGAGAGAUGACUUGUUUGGAGUUCUCUUGGGUGCUUGAAGAAAGUUGAAUCAAGGGUUUUGACUUCCUUUAAAUUGCCCUUUACGAUGACUUUCGUUUAAACUUUCCCUUUAGCUCCAGGGUCGUAUUACGUUGUAAAGCAUUAUAUGCAACCUAGCUUUCAGCCCAACACUACUAAGAUUUCAAAGAGUAUAUUUCGUUUUUAUUAAAUUAGUUACGAUUUUAUGCAGACUGUUGGUCUUAUUCGUAAUGUGUAUUGAUUCAGUUUUCAAUGUAGGCCGGUUUAUGUCUUUGGAGUAGUUAUAUUACGGGAUUGCACAGAUAUAUAAUGCUUACAUCUAUGCGAGGUAAAAAUUUUAAAAAGAGAUUUUGUUAGCAUGUUAUGUUAGAACAGACGCGUAUGUUGCUGGCAAAAAAGGAUUUUAAGUGGCGGGUUAAAGAGUCGUUGUAGUUAUUUUCCGUUGUUAUGAUGCUAAGAUACAAUUUUUCUGGAGCACUGGUUUUCCAAUUGGAUUAAUACUGAGAUCCAUACCCGUAAUGCAUUUGAUAUAAGACCCUUCGCAUUUCUUGCCCCUCCGCAUUAGCACUUAUAACAUAAGGCAUUUGUCGUUGUCCUCCCCAUGUUCGGUCGUUUUUCUUACCAGGCAUCCCACUACCAGUGCUUUGUAGGUAUGGAUAGUAUUAUUUGGUGAACAUUAUGCAAUAUGUCUGGAGCUCAUUGUGUUAACGGCGUUGAAAAAUUGUCAGGUUGUUUGACCCCCUAAACAAAAAGCCAGCCUUAAAGAUGAGGCAUGUUACAUUGGCAGCAGCCACAAUACUAUUGCAGAACAAUUCUAUCGAAAAUGUCUUCAGAAUGCCAUUUUGACGCACCAGCAAACGCCGUUUAACCGUAAAUGAUGGGUUCCACAAGUCCGCAAAACACCUGUCUUGUUUUUUUGUCGCCUGAGCGUAUAGGCGCAAUGUUUUUAGUCGCCUUGACACGUGGUUUUUGCGAAACGAUAGCAUUUGCUGUAUAAACUGUCAGGUGUUUUGUGGACGAGAGGACGGCCCAUACGUAGCUAUGCUUUUGUAGAAUUGAAAAUAACGGAUUUGUCGAAUUGUUUUCUAAUAAGGAUUCAUCUUUCCAA